AUGUCCUUAUUACGUUAUUUUCUUCUUCUCUUCAAUCACUUCAUCGUUCUUGUCAGCGUUAUCGUUAUCUGUGGAGUCGUCAGUACUUCGACAGCAACAGCCGCUCAGCUAGAUGCAUUAGCUCAGAAUAUUGACAUUAUCCAAGAAAAUGUUCCCUCGGACACGUCUGAUUUACGACGCAUGGGGUUGACGGCAGAAGAAGAAAAAGAAGUCAAUUACUAUAUGGAAAAAUUAGCUGAACUAUCAAACAAGCGGCACCCGCAGUCAACGACCAAUGAAAAACAAACUUCUCUCAGUCAACAAAAAUGGGCAUCCCGCCGCAUGAAGGAUGACACCCAUGUGGAUGUAUUGAACCCCGAAGAAAAUGGAAAGUUUUUCCAAGGAGAUAUUGUACUUUUCCCAAGUCAAGCUAAAGCAAUUUACGAAAACGCAUUACAAGAUGGAAAAGGACGAGUGAAAAGAAAGUUCAUUGGUGAUCCAACCAGGCGAUGGGAUCCAACACGUCCAAUUCCAUACGGUUUUGACGGAUCACAUACAUCACGUGAACAACGCAUUAUUGAAUUAGCAUUAGAGCAUUGGCAUAACAUUACUUGUUUGAAUUUUGUGAGAGCCGAUGAGGAUGUUCCUAGCAGGAUUGUGUUCACUGAUGUAGAUGGUUGUGCUAGUAACGUCGGAAAAAGCCCCAAUGGAGGGGACCAGCUUGUUUCUCUAGCUCCUGAGUGUAUCCGGUUAGGAGUUAUCGCUCAUGAAGUCGCUCAUGCUCUUGGAUUUUGGCAUGAGCAAUCCCGCCCAGAUAGGGAUCAGUUUGUAAACGUUAGAUGGGAGAAUAUAGACAAGGAUUCGAAAGGACAGUUUCUUCGUGAAUAUCCUGAAGACGUCGACAAUGCUGGUGUCCCAUACGAUUACGGCAGUAUCAUGCAUUAUAGGAGCAAAGCAUUCUCUCGUUUUGAUGAUCUCUUCACGAUCACCACUUUUGUUUCGGAUUACCAGAAAACAAUAGGACAACGCGAUCAACUUUCUUUCAACGAUAUUCGUCUAAUGAAUAAAAUAUACUGCAGUAAUGUAUGCUCAAGAAAAUUACCUUGUCAACGUGGAGGUUACACAGAUCCCAGAAGAUGUGAUCGCUGUCGUUGUCCUGAUGGAUUCACCGGUCAAUUUUGCGAACAAGUAAUGCCGGGAUACGGUUCGACUUGCGGAGGAAAAAUCUCUGUUGGAUCUGAUUGGACUCGUAUAAGUAGUCCAGGUUACCCGAAAGACUUCAAAGAGGGACAAGAGUGUUCCUGGCUAUUACAAGCCCCUUCGGAGCAAAUUGUGGAGUUCCAAUUCGUAGGCGAAUUCGAAAUGUAUUGUAAAGUUCGUCAUUCACUGUGCAUGGACUACGUUGAAGUUAGAAACUCAACAGAUUUCGCCAACACCGGAAUGAGAUACUGCUGUUAUGGAACCCCGCAAACGAAAAUACGGUCUGCGACUCAGGACAUGGUCAUCUUAUUCCGAUCAUUCUACCGAGGAGGUAAAGGCUUUGAAGCCAGGGCAAGAGCGGUUCCUUUACAAGGAACCUGGAGAUCAUGGUCACCUUGGACUCCAUGUACUGCUAGUUGUGGUGCUUGUGGAAGUCGCAUGAGGGUGCGAACUUGUCCACCUGGGGCAGCAUGCUCUGGAAGUCCCGUGGAGACGCAGACAUGUAAUGUACAUGCCUGCACCGGACUAUGUGCGACAAGGAAAACCGAGGAGGCUGAGUGUUCCGGCUUCUUGGGGCUAUUUUCGGGAAUACGUUGCAAGAAGGAUCGGACAGUGAUGGCUCCUUGUCAGAAUGCUUGCUGUCCUGGUUUCACAGUUGUUGCCGGUCGUUGUGUACGAUUGUAA